AACAGGAUAACAAUAGAAGUAGAUACCGGUCCGGAAUUGCAUGGUUGUUAGCUACAGAUGGCCGUUGCAAUGCGAAGCCUUCUUCUUCUGCCUCAUCCUCUCCCCUCACCAUUCCCUUCUUCAUUAGGUAAUAACAACAAGCACCUAGCCUUCAAACCCGCAGCACCAACCGCUCGUCGUUCCUCUCGAACCCUGGCCGGAGCCCAACGUGCCACGUGGCUUCCCGGGCUCGACCCACCCCCUCACCUCGACGGAAGUCUCGUUGGAGAUUUUGGGUUCGAUCCUCUGGGGCUUGGGGAAGAUCCCAAAAGUUUAAAAUGGUAUGUGCAGGCAGAGCUAGUGCAUUGCCGUUUUGCAAUGGCAGGAGUAGCAGGAAUUCUUGUAACAGAUUUACUUCGUGUUACUGGAAACAGCAACAUUCCAGUUUGGUAUGAAGCUGGUGCUUUAAAAUUCGACUUUGCCAGCACAGAGACACUUUUUAUUGUCCAACUUCUUUUGAUGGGAUUUGUGGAAACAAAACGAUACAUGGAUUUCUUGUAUCCUGGAUCCCAAGCCAAAGAAGGAACCUUUUUUGGGCUGGAAGCUGCACUAGAGGGAUUAGAACCUGGCUAUCCUGGUGGGCCGUUGCUCAAUCCUCUUGGUUUGGCGAAGGAUGUCAAUCGUGCCCAUGAUUGGAAACUCAAAGAAAUUAAGAACGGAAGGCUAGCCAUGGUGGCCAUGCUCGGAAUCUUUGUGCAAGCAUAUGUGACUCACGUUGGCCCUAUUGAAAACCUCAUAGUGCACCUUUCCAACCCGUGGCAUAGAACUGUGAUUCAAACCCUUGCUGGCUCUUGAUUCCUGAAGACAACGAAAGAACCUAAUUUUCUCCAUAACAUUUGAAAUGUAAUGUAUCAUCCUAUUCUAAACAACAGGGAAUGUUGUAUUUAUGAUUUUUUUCCAUCUUAGUUCAUUUUAUUUUUAA